AUGAAGAUUAUUGUUGUCAUUUUAAUAUAUUAUUAUAUAUGUAUAUUACUAUUACUAGUAGGUGCCGCAGCGUUUCUUCAACUUUACUUUACACUUUUUUAUUCGAUAUCUUUUUUUAGAUAAUUAAAGCUAGCGACACUUUACCGUUCUACGCAGAUCGGUGAAAGAUAGGAAUAAAACGCAUAAACGCGCGUGGCACGAUGACGCGUCAUCGAGAUAGUCAUGUGUGCGACUAUCUCCCGAUUAAAAAAAAAUCUCUGUCCGUUAGAAAAUUUCCGCACGACGAAAUCACCAAAUUAGCUGUAUCGAAUAGCAUGUCGUAAACGUUUAUGCACAUCACACUCUACCGAUUAUACGUCCGUCGACGCUUUGCGAAGACGCAAUAAAAUUUUGGCAACAAAGAUAACUUUCCCAGUAACAUUGACUAUUUUCCUCGUCGAUUUCAAGAAAUGCGCAUUAGAAGAUAAAAGAAGUAGGAGUAUCUCAUGGAUUAUACGUAGUAUUAAUCUAUCACGUAUCUUACAUCAUAUUAUAAAAGAAUUAGAAAUGGAACAAGUAGCAGUAAAGUCAGCUGUUAUUAAUCUCUUGUCAAGGUUUCUGGCACCUGUACAUGGAUCUUUAUCAAAAUGUCAACAAUGUGCAUGACACAAAACCGUUGAGAAUUAGUAGCGUAAUUAAAGGGAUUUCCUCACUGGUAUUUUUACAACGAGGUUUUAAAGACGUGGGGAUGAUAAGAUCAUGCAGCUGAUGCAGGAGUAUCAAGAGAUCCGGCACUGGAAUACGCUUGCGAUCGCAAAGCCGCGAGAGCAUAGUAGUCUCGCGUCUGAUUAGUUUUUCGCUUGUAUCUUGUCGACGCGACGUGAGUAAAAUGCCCGACGGAGAGCCCCCGUCGUUUUCGAUUUUGAGACAGAAGCCACGCUUCACAAUGGCAAAGUAUCUGCCGAUACUCGGCUGGUUACCGCAUUAUACUCGGUUGAAGGCCGUGUCAGACCUGAUAGCGGGCAUCACUCUGGGUAUGACUAUGAUCCCUCAGAGUAUGGCCUACGCGGUACUGGCUGAACGGAUUCCACAGUAUGGUCUGUACUCUUGUUUUGUGGGUGGUUUUCUAUACAUUAUCUUGGGAACUAUCAAAGAGGUCUCGAUUGGUCCGUCAUCCUUGAUGGCCCUUCUGACAUUGCAGUACACGCGAAACAUGCCACAGGAUUUUGUAAUACUUUUGUGUUUUCUAGCUGGAUGCAUAGAACUUUUAAUGGGCGUACUAAAUCUAGGAUUUUUAGUGGACUUUAUAUCAGUUCCUGUCACAUCGGGUUUUGUGUCAGCAGGAGCGUUUAUUAUAAUUACCGCUCAGAUGCAGGGCCUUCUGGGAUUGAAAUAUAAGUCAGAAAAUAUUGCAGACAAUCUGUACAAAUUAUUUAAGAAUAUUAAUAAGAUUCAGCUUGCCGAUUCCGCACUUGGAAUUUUCAGCAUCCUAUUUCUCCUGAUCUUUAGAAAAUUGAAAGAUAUUGACUGUCCUUGUAUGAGAAACAAAAGAGAUGCUUCCAGAAAUGUAAUAAUAAAAAAAAUACUUUGGUACUUCUCCAUUGGUAGGAACGCUCUCAUAGUGCUUAUAUCAGUCACAAUAGCGUAUCAAUUCGAAGUGAAUACAGGAUCCAUUCCAUUUAGACUUUCAGGAAAAAUCGAAGGUGGCCUCCCCAAAGUAUCGUUACCGCCAUUCUCAUCGCAAGUAGGAAAUCAGACUUACACUUUUUUUGACAUGUGCGCUCACUAUGGAUUAGGAUUAGGGAUACUUCCUGUUAUAUCCGUCUUGGCAAACGUAGCGAUAGCUAAAGCAUUUGCAUUAGGCACUUCCAUUAACGCAACGCAAGAAAUGUUGGCUCUCGGCCUCUCCAACAUAGUAGGCAGUUUUGUGUCAUCACUUCCAACUACUGGUGCGUUUACCCGAAGUGCAGUUAGCAGUGCCAGCGGAGUGCAAACGCCUAUGGCUGGUCUAUAUUCCGGUACUAUGGUAUUGCUGGCACUGAGCUUUUUAACAUCAUAUUUUUAUUACAUUCCACGAGCGACAUUAGCGGCUGUGCUGAUAUCCGCCGUGAUAUUCAUGAUCGAUGUGAAAAUCAUAAAAUUACUCUGGAAAGGAAGCAAAAUGGAUGCAAUCGCAGCGAUAGGGACUUUUGUGAUCUCCAUUUUUAUCGGCAUUGAAAUCGGACUUCUUCUUGGUGUCCUUUUCAACCUGAUCCUUUUUAUUCGACUAUCCGCGAGAUUGCCGCUUCAAAUAGUCAAUUGCAAAACUCGUCUGGGAAAUAGAUAUAUGAUGCUAAAACCUGAAAAUUGUCUCUAUUAUCCCGCAGUAACUUCCUUCUGUGAGAAAGUCAUGAGUUUAGCUAGAAACGACGUUCCAUUGAUCAUGAAUUGCGAAUUAUUCAAUAGUCUCGAUUACACUUCAAUCAAGGGUAUUGAAAUGUUAUCGAAAAAAUUGAACAGCGAAAGAAAUCAAUUCUGGCUAUUGCAUCUUAAUUCCAACGUCGUGAAAAGUUUCGACAUUCUCACUGACAACAAAUACAUUCGUUUGAUCGAAAAAGAAGAGAGCAUCGCAGAUGUUCUUCACAAUGAUGCUUUAUCUAGUAAAAAUUUUGAAGAUCGGAUCAAUAUUACUGUGAAACAAGCAACGAAAAAUCUGAUUCGCGAAGAUCUUUUGUAUUCGAAUUCACAACAAAAUGAUUCCGAAUCCAAUACCGAAGAAUUGGCCUUAAUGUCACCAUCCGAAUGUAAAAUACAACAAUAACCAAACAACUCUAUCUUUAAUAUUAGAUGUGAGAAAAAGUGACGUUUUUCCCGUUAGAUGUAACGGGAAAAACGCCACAAACUUUUUCCCACUUAUUUAUAGCCUGUUGAUUCUGUAAUUUAAAAAAAGCCGCUUUUUUCAAAAAUUGUAGAAAGAAAACUAAAAUUAUUUUCUUUUCGGAAAGAAGUAAAUAUGGCAAAUCUUA